AUGCAACGCUCUCGCAUUGAAGCACUCCUGGCCUCGUUCCCCAAGCUCGCCGAUAGCGGAACCCAGCACACGACGUGCGAACAAGACAACGUGCGCUACGUCUACCAACCACUCGACGAACUGUACAUGGUCCUGAUCACCAACUUGCAAUCCAACAUCCUGCAAGACAUCAACUCGCUGCACCUCUUUGCCCAGGUCGUGUCCUCAAUAUGCAAGUCCCUCGACGAGCGCGAGAUUCUCAAGAAUGCGUUUGAGCUUCUUACCGCCUUUGACGAGAUUGUCACACUGGGUUACAGGGAGAACCUGACCAUGAGCCAAAUCAAGACUUUCUUGGACAUGGAGUCGCAUGAAGAGCGCAUCCAGGAGAUCAUCGCCCGGAAUAAGGAACUCGAAGCGUCGGAAGAGCGCAAGCGCCGAGCCAAGCAGCUCGAGAUGCAGCGCAAGGAGAUGUCACGAUCGCAGCGGGCAGGCGGAGGCAUGGGUGGAGGUAUGGGCAGCGGCAUGGGAGGUGGCAUGGCCGGUCGCUCACCCUCCUAUCCUGCCUUUUCUCCCAGCGUGCCUACAACCAACGUCACGGACACGUACGACUCGUAUGAAGCUGAGAAGAAGAAGACGAGCAAGCCAUUGGCUCUGGGCAAGAAGGGCAUGCAGCUUGGCAAGAAGAACAAGACCAACAACAUGUACGAGCAGGUGACUGGCGAACAGGCACCAGCUGAAGAGGAACCGCUCGUCGCACCCAAGCCAUCUGCACCCGCUGCAGCAGCAGCCUCAAGCGCACGCCCCUCCACCGCGACCGACCGUGAAGCCGUACACAUCACCACCAACGAGACCAUCUCGGCACGACUAGACCGUGAGGGUCUUCUCAAGUCGUUUGAAGUAAAGGGCGAGAUGCAGCUCAAGAUCACCGACCCUUCCUUCACACAAGUCAAGCUCGACCUUCUCACCGGCGACACUCGCGGAGCACAACUGAUGACGCACCCCAAGGUAGACAAGACCGUCUUCAAGAACGACAAGGUCAUCCAGCUCGCCGACACGACAAAGGGUUUCCCCUCCAACAUGGGCAUCGGCGUGAUGAAGUGGAAGCUCGCACCACGGCCAGACGACAUCUCGGACCCACCCAUCACGUUCCGCGUCUGGGUCGAGGAGUCGGGCAACAUGUACAACAUCACGGUCGAAUACGAGCUCACAGGCGGCGACUCCCUCAAGGACGUCACCGUCACCAUCCCGUUCCAAGACGAGCCAAACGUCUCGUCGUUUGACGCCGUGUACGAAAUGAGCGGCGACAGCCUCGAGUGGAACAUUGGCACCGUCGAUGAGGCAAACAGCUCCGGUAGCUUCGAGUUUGAAGCCCAGGCUGGUAGCGACUCUGACUUUUUUCCAAUGAACAUUCGCUUCAGCAAGACUACUCCUUUUGUGGAUGUUGACGUUUCUUCCGUAACUCUGCUUUCCAUGGGCCAGGAAAUCAACUUUUCAAAGGAUGUCAAGUCUGUGGCGGAGAACUACACUAUAUCAUAG